UUCUUCAGAAACUGCUCGUCAACCACCUCGGUAGCUUGCUAGCCAACAUAGCCGAACGAUUAAAGCUGUUACGCUUUCGGUGUAUAUUAGCUAUUGUGUUUUAGACACACUUCUGUCGUAUCUACUUGUUAACCUAUUUAAUUUAAUAUUACGUUAUUUUGUAUUAGUCAGCUAUAGUAGUUGGCUGGUUAAGUUAGCACUAGCCUAGUUGCUAAUGACAGCUAGCUAGCUAACAUCCCCGACCAUGAGCUCCAUUAACUACUCCCCUCUUGAUAAAGAAGAGGUCUGCUGGACGGAGAAAGAAGCUCUUGUGAAAGAGGAGGAGGAAGAAGAGGAUGUCACAGUAAAAAAAGAGGGUGAGGCUGUUACAAUGAAAGAAGAAGAGAAAGAUGUUUCAGUGAAAGAAGAGGAAGAUGCAUUCAGAGUGAAAGAGGAGGAGGAUGUUACAGUAAAAGAAGAGGAGGCAGAGAAAGAGGAGGGUGCAGUUUUUGAAGUGAAGGAGGAGAAAGAGAGAAGAUUGACAGAGGAGUCAGGAGAUCUGAUUACCACCCGAGAGAGAUGUGACCAUCGUGGAUCCUCUGGGGAGUCUCAACAACAUGAUGCUGAAGAGGCAGAGAAGAGUCUCUCCAGAUCAGAACACCUCAAGAAACACCAGCAGAGACACACAGGAAAGAAAUCACACUGCUGCUCUGACUGUGGGAAACGUUUCAAAUCUUCAUCCGAACUUAAAAAUCACCAGCGAGUACACACAGGAGAGAAGCCUUAUAGCUGUAAUCAAUGUGGGAAGAGUUUUACUCAUUCAAGUAAUCUGAAAACACACCAGAGAACACACACAAGAGAUAAGCCUUACAGCUGUGAACAGUGUGGCAAGAGUUUUACUCAGGCAAGCAACCUGGUAUCACACCAGAGAACACACACAGGAGAGCAGCCAUACAGCUGUGAUCAGUGUGGCAAGAGUUUUACUCAGUCAAGCAACCUGGUAUCACACCAGAGAAUACACACAGGAGAGCAGCCAUAUAGCUGUGAGCAAUGUGGGAAAAACUUUUCUCGGGGAGAACGCCUUAAAGAGCACCAGAGAACACACACAGGGGAGAAGCCUUAUAUCUGUGACCAGUGUGGCAAGAGUUUUACUCAGUCACGCAACCUGCUAUCACACCAGAGAACACACACAGGAGAGCAGCCAUAUAGCUGUGAGCAAUGUGGCAAGAGUUUUACUCAGUCAAGCAACCUGGUAUCACACCAGAGAACACACACAGGAGAGCAGCCAUAUAGCUGUGAGCAAUGUGGGAAAAGCUUUUCUCGGAUAGAACACCUUAAAGGACACCAGAGAACACACACAGGGGAGAAACCUUAUAGCUGUAAUCAGUGUGGGAAGAGUUUUACUCAGUCAAACAGCCUGAAUAGACACCAGAGAACACACACAUGAUAUAAAUCGUAUAGCUGUAAUCAGUGUGGGAAGAGUUUUUUCACCAGAGAGCACACACAGGAGACACUGCUCUGCUCUGACUUUGAAGAGCUUUGCUUCCCUAAGAAACCUGACACAACACCAGAGAACACACACAGGAGAGAAGCCUUAUAGCUGUGAUCAGUGUGACAAGAGAUACUCUCAUUCAAGUGGUCUGAUUAAACAUCAGAAAAUACAUGCAGGAGAUCCACAGGGUGUAGAAUGACCAACACCAGACCUAUAUACAUCAAAUCAUAUUUUAUUUGUCACAUACACUUGUUUAGCAGAUGUUAUUGUGGGUGUAGCAAAAUGCUUGUGUUUCUAUCUCCAACAGUCCAGUAAUAUCUAACCAGUAAUAUUUAACAAUACACACAAUCUAAAGGAAUGGAAUUAAGAAUAUAUCAAUCUUUGGCCGAGCGAUGCCAGAGCAGCAUAGACUAAGAUACAGUAGAAUAGAAUAGAAUACAGUACAUACAGUGGGGCAAAAAAAGUAUUUAGUCAGCCACCAAUUGUGCAAGUUCUCCCACUUAAAAAGAUGUGUAUUUGCAAAUUAUGGUGGAAAAUAAAUAUUUGGUCAAUUACAAAAGUUUAUCUCAAUACUUUGUUAUAUACCCUUUGUUGGCAAUGACAGAGGUUAAACGUUUUCUGUAAGUCUUCACAAGGUUUUCACACACUGUUGCUGGUAUUUUGGCCCAUUGCCCCAUGCAGAUCUCCUCUAGAGCAGUGAUGUUUUGGGGCUGUUGCUGGGCAACAUGGACUUUCAACUCCCUCCAAAGACUUUCUAUGUGGUUGAGAUCUGGAGACUGGCUAGGCCACUCAGGACCUUGAAAUACUUCUUACGAAGCCACUCCUUCGUUGCCCGGGCGGUGUGUUUGGGAUCAUUGUCAUGCUGAAAGACCCAGCCACGUUUCAUCUUCAAUGCCCUUGCUGAUGGUAGGCUUUGUUACUUUGGUCCCAGCUUUCUACGGGUCAUUCACUAGGUCCCCCCGUGUGGUUCUGGGAUUUUUGCUCACCGUUCUUGUGAUCAUUUUGACCCCACGGGGUGAGAUCUUGUGUGGAGCCCCAGAUCGAGGGAGAUUAUCAGUGGUCUUGUAUGUCUUCCAUUUCCUAAUAUUUGCUCCCACAGUUGAUUUCUUCAAACCAAGCUGCUUACCUAUUGCAGAUUCAGUCUUCCCAGCCUGGUGCAGGUCUACAAUUUUGUUUCUGGUGUCCUUUGACAGCUCUUUGGGUAUCAAUAACUAGGUGCUUAUUUUGAUAUCUAGUUAUGACUGAAUCAGAAAUACAGAUGUGGAGUAAUGUCGAGUUUGUUUUAAAUUCUCAUAAAAAAUCUGAACUAAUCAAACAACACUUGUUGCUCUUUGUACGUGUUGAUAUAAUAUUCUUGGAGAGGGAAAAAAACGUUCCCCUAAACUGCUUAAUAAUAUUAUAAUUCAAUGAAGGAAUAAAAAAGUUUUCCUUCCUUAA